AGCAGCGAAGCUGCGAGUGCUUUCCAUACCGCAAGAGGAGGAGGAACAAGUGGCGACAAAACCGCUGUACCUGUCUCAAACUUUUAAAACUCAAAAAAAAAAAAAGAGCCACUCUUCCACUUUCUCUUUCUUUAACGAUGUUAAUAAUAAUAAUAAACUACUGGUCAAUUCAAUUCAAAUCUCAGCCAUAAGUGUGGAAACAACAGCAAGAGACAAACUACGUCCAGUUUUGCUUGCUUCAUGACCGCAUCACCCUUGGCAUGAAUUUGUAGAAGAUUGUGGGCGCAAAGUAGUGUAGAUUUUGGAGUCCUCUGGUGACGGUUGCGACAUGAUGGUGUAGAAGGUAGAGGUGAUUCUAGGUUCAGUUGUUGGAGAAAUUUUGACUCACAAAAAACUCAAGAGAAGUGAAAUAUUGAAGUAUAAUGGUUCCAAAUAGAGAUGGAGUUGGCCUAGCAGAACUUCAUGAACACAAGCCUUCCACUGGGGCUUCUGAUGGUUAUAAUGGGGAAAGUUCUGUUAGAACUUCAUUCUCUGAAGAGGGCUUGCUGAAUGAUGAAAAGCCUAGAAGGACAAGUCAGGUGAAAUUGGCAAUUAUUUCCAGUCGAUUUAACUUACUGAAAGUGGGUUCUGGUGGCAAUUUACCUUCUCCAACCGCUAAGUUUCAGCAGAUUGCUAAAGAAAAAGAUGAUAUAUCACGUUCCAUACCCUCUUCUACUAGCCAACGUUUCCGCAGGAUCCUUGCUAAGAAAAUUGAUUGGGCAUCUCUGUCAAAAAUCUGCCAAGACUGGAUCAAGAAUCCUUUCAAUAUGGCUCUUUUUUUAUGGAUAAUCUGUGUUGCUGUCUCUGGAGCAAUCCUUUUUCUUGUCAUGACAGGAAUGCUUAACGGUGUCCUACCUAAGAAGUCAGAGCGAGAUGCCUGGUUUGAGGUCAAUAAUCAAAUACUCAAUGCUCUUUUUACUCUAAUGUGUCUGUACCAACACCCAAAGCGGUUUCACCACCUUGUACUCCUGUUCCGAUGGAAUCCAAAGGACGUCAUUGCACUUAGAAAAAUAUACUGUAAGAAUGGCACUUACAAGCCACAUGAAUGGGCACAUAUGAUGGUGGUAGUUGCAUUGCUCCAUUUGAAUUGCUUUGCUCAGUAUGCACUGUGUGGCCUUAAUUUAGGAUACAGAAGAUCUGAACGACCUGCUAUCGGUGUUGGUAUCUGCCUCAGUGUUGCAAUUGCCGCUCCAGCAGUUGCAGGUGUUUACUCCAUUGUUAGCCCACUUGGAAAAGAGUAUGAUUCACAAGUGGACCCAGAAGCUCAGGACCAAAUUUUCAUGAAGAGCACUGAGCAUCCCAUCGACAGGAAGUUAUCAUUGGAGAAACGAUUUUCAUUUGCAUCAAAAAAUGAGCACAGAACAGUUGAGCUUGCACCAGCCUGGAGAGGGAAUUUAUUUGACAUUUGGGAUGAUAUUGCUAUAGCAUAUCUUUCUGUUUUCUGUAGCUUUUGUGUUCUAGGGUGGAACCUGGAAAGACUUGGUUUCGGGAAUAUGUAUGUCCAUAUAGCAACUUUUCUCCUUUUUUGCACAGCACCAUUUUGGAUCUUCAAUUUGGCUGCUGUCAAUAUUGAUAAUGAGACUGUCAGGGAAGCUUUGGGAUUAACCGGUGUUAUUCUUUGUAUUUUUGGUGUACUCUAUGGUGGCUUCUGGAGGAUCCAAAUGAGAAAGAGAUUCAAUUUGCCAUCAAAUAACUCAUGUUGUGGAAAGCCUGCCAUUGCAGAUUGUGCUCAAUGGCUUUUCUGUUGUUGGUGCUCUCUUGCUCAGGAAGUCCGAACAGCUGAUUAUUAUGAAAUUGUUGAAGACAAGUUUUGCAGGAAACAAACUGAUGAACACCACCAACCAACCCUGUCUCCAUUGCCGCGUGAAGAUGGAUCAGUUCAGCACAGAUCCAGUCCAACUUCUCCCAUUUGGGACAGCCCUGGACCAUCCAGGUUUGUGACAGAGAAUUCUCCUAGUCCUGGCAGAAUACGAAUAGAUCAUUACAGUCCAGGUAGACAGCCCUCGAAUCAGGAGGUAGAAUAUUUUUCCAAAGAUGAUGACAAUUAUAUGAAGCCUCCUAUUUGGCCAUCAAUGUUGAGAGAAGACAAUUCCAACCAAAAGGUGUAAAGAUAGAUUACUAUUAACACAUUUAAAGAAAAUCACCCAAUUUGUAGGCUUUUGGGUGGAGGGAUCUGUAGAAUAUAUGUUAGUUCCUAUAAUAUGAUGAGUCAAAAUUUCUAUUCA